AUGGCUGCGAGGUUCUUCCAGGGGUUUGGUGUCAGUCCGGCUUCGACGGUGGGGAUGGCUGUUGACACCCUCCCCCAACGCACCAAAUCUCUCCCCUUCCUAAACCUCCACCCCCUCCCCGGCCUCAAGCACCCGCCCCUCCACGCCUCCCUGACCCGCUUCCUCCUCACAUUUCAACUCCCUGUCAUCCCCAUCGCCGUCCUCGGCUACUCCUUCACGUGGUACUGGUGGGUGAUGUCGGUGAUCACGAUGGUGCCGUCCGCGUACGCGGAGUACUCGCCGCUGAUCCAGGGCUUGCUGUUUUUAGGAUUAUUGGUGGGCACGUUGGUCGCGGAGGUGAGCUGUUCGGGGGCGUUGAGUGAUAGGCUUGUGGGGGUGUUGGCGAGGAGGAAUGGGGGGGUGAGGGUGCCGGAGAUGAGGCUUUGGGGGGUCUCCGCAGGAAUCCAAAUCGGCAACACCGUCAUCACAAGCUACAUCGUCGACGCGUAUCCCCUGCAAUCCACCAGCGUGAUUAUCUUUUAUGCUGUGUUUCUCAAUCUGAGCGCGUUUGCGAAUCCGUUCUUCAUAGCCCAAUGGGAAUCCUCCGCGGGCUGGACCUGGACAUUCACCACACAGGCCCUGGUGGUUCUUGUUGCGGGGACGGGGGUGCUUAUCUCCUUGCAGGUGUUUGGGGGGAGGUUGAGGGCGAGCGCAAAGGAACCGGGGUGGGUGAAUGCGGAGUUUGAUUCUUGA